GGUGUUUAUACAAUUAAAAAAUAAAUGCACUUAAAUUAUUUAUUUGAAGGAGAGGGUUUUUCUGAAAGGUCAGAGGUCAAAAAAUGGUUCAAAUGGGUCAUAAAAGGAUAAAAGGCAACCCUCCAGACUACAAAAAAGACGUUGUUUUUUUUUUUUUUUUUUUUUUAAAUCUCACACCUGUCAGCUGUUUGCUCUGUCGAACAUUGUUGCACUUUAAAGCAAUCUUCCUGACAUCUAUAAAUAUAAGACCAUCCAACACAAACCCAGCAGGAAUUUUGUCCAAAGACGCAGAGAAGGAUGGAUGCGCAGCGCUCGAUACUGACUGACGUGGAUUGCUUUGACAUGUGGCACGACUACAUGAACCUGUCCACGCUGCUGGAGAGCCUGUGCGUCGGGAGAGGGGUGAACACCAGACGGGACACCGAGGGGCCGAAGAAGGAGCCUGCAGAACUGUGGAUCCAGAGCACACCGUGGGGCGGGAGGGGCAAGAUAUCCACGGAGACCGCCUCCACGGAGACCACCUCCACGGAGACCAGCUCCACGGAGACCAGCUCCUCCAGCAGCCUGUCGGACUCCAGCUUCAACUGUGGGGCCUCCGCAGCGGACUGCCGCUUCUGCCGGCAGAACGGCGAGUCUGCACGGGUGUACCGGUCACACAAUCUGAGAUCGGACGACGGGAGAGUCACCUGUCCCAUCCUGAGGAGCUACACCUGCCCCAUCUGCGAGGCCACCGGGGACCAGGCGCACACACGGAACUACUGCCCGCAGGCGCAGGAAAAGGAGACCGCCAGGAUGCUGCCGGUGGCCAAGUUCUGGUAACUCAUGAUGAUGGGCAGCUGACAAAGACUGUAUAUAAUUAGAAAGAAAAGAAUUUUGUGGAUAUAUGUUCAUGUUUACUGAGACUGUUUCCCUUCCAGAGCUGCUGUUUGAUUUUAUUGGCGCAUCAUUCUGCUGCAAACAGUCUGCUUUGAUUACU